CCGUAGCUCUCAUUGUCGCCGCAUGCGUACUGCUUACCUUUAGAACAUCUUGCUUUUCACGCGUGUUGAGAUCUACACUUCAGCAAAGUCUGUUUUAAGCCAGAGAUUGAGUUAAUAUAAGACGUGUUGUUGAUCGAUAUGGGAGGACAGGCUAAGGGCAAACAGAAAAAUAAACCGAAAAGGAAAGAGAAUCGCCCAACCAGGGGAGAUGCAGGAUUUGUUGGGUUGUCACCCCAGGACAGGGUGAAACUUAGAAUGCAUGAGAAAGCCAAGAAGAAGACAGCUGAGAAAUACACUGUUCAGCAGCUACUAGAAAAGACAGAGGAAUGCAUGGACGGUUUUGACUUUGACAUGGCUGGCCUUUUCUGUCAACGAGCACUGGAUGUGGAGCCCACCAACCUGCAAGCUCUCGAUAUGCUGGGACACAUCUGCUCUGAACAAGGAGACACCACCAAGGCGAAGGGAGCUUUUCUGCGUGCAGUGGAGCUGAGCCCUGAUGUAGGCCACAGUAAGUACAUGUACCUUGGACAGAUCCACACUGGCCAGGAGGCUGUCGACUACUACACCAGAGGGAUACAGGUGCUACUGUCUGCAUUGGACAAACAAGCACAGACCACAGCUCAGGCUGGAGCUGCUGCCCAAGCAGAGGACGCAGAUCUUCCAACAGUGAAGGAUGUCAGUGUAGCCUACUGCUCACUCGCCGAGAUUUACCUAACAGACCUCUGCAUGGAAGAAGGAGCUGCAGACAAGUGCAAAGACUUUAUUGAGAAAGCAUUACAGUAUCACCAUGACAACCCAGAGGCUCUACAGCUCAUGGCCAGUUACCUGUUCAGUACAGAGAGAAACCAGGAGGGCAGAGAAUACCUGCUGAAGAGCGUUGGCUUGUGGCUUCCUGCCCAGAAGGAGAGCGUUGCUUCUUCCAGUGCAGAAGGAUGGAUGCAGAGUGAGGUUCCUCCGUACGAGUCCCGCAUCACAACAGCCAAACUGCUCAUUGAAUCGGAAGACUACGAGAUGGCCGUAGAUGUGUUGGAGGGACUUCUUGAAGAGGAUGACGAGGUUGUCCAGGUGUGGUAUCUCUCUGGCUGGGUGUGCUACCUCCAACUGGAAAAGGCAAAAGAGCAGCAAGAUAGAGAGGGGAGGGAAGUGACGCAGGAGGAGACCGAGGAGUGGAAGGCACUGAAGGAGGCAGCCAGGUCGUACCUGACGAAAGCUAAGAAGAGCUGA